UAUAUAUAUUGUAUAUAUGUACAUAAUAACUAUUUUAUUUAAUCACUAAUCACUUUUAUCUAAGUAAAUCUGGAAAUCUACAUAAUAACAACAAUAUUAAUUGGUUACAAAGAUGGUGAUCGCAGGAUGUUUUGAUGCGCAAAUUUCCGCAAAAAGUCAUAUUGUUCGUAAAUAUAACAAGAUGUUAAUUACGGCUUUGUUAUCCGAGUACUGAUGCUGCUUACGAAAUGCUCGGCGUCGGAGGAGGAAGUGAGUGCGAAAGCGGAAAGUAUUCCUAAUCUCCGGUGGAAAGUGGCAUUUAUAUGCUAAGAUCGAAAAGAGCGUCUCGCUUCGCUUGCGGAACAAGUCAUCGGAACGGAGCGCCGUACUAUCCCAGACAUGCCAUGACGAGAAAGAAGAAAAGUAUCGACGUAAAAAGAAACAGCUGGUUACCAUUCCGACAGCUAUGGAUUCCCCCGAGGAGAACGAAUUGUCCUAACGAUUACUUAUACGCUUCUUCUGAUUAUACUGUCGGGGAUGAUUCUAGUCUGCUGCAUCAGCAUGAUUUCCGGGACCGCAGAAGGCUUCAGCAACAUGAUUUGCCGCGCAGAGAUCAUAUGGCCAACAUGUUACCAUGGUUAUUAUCAAUAUCGUUAUUAAGUGUGCCAAAAUUUGCGGCUCACACGGGUCCUAGUAUCUUAUCCAGGGAACUUCAAGCACCUGCCUUGCCAUUAUCUCCAUCCAUUUCGACUUCACAAUUCUCCUCGACAAACUCACAGGACAUCAAUCAAAGAGGUUCUAUAUCGUCUUAUGAUGGACAUGCUGACUCUCGAAAUUGUGAGUCUCAUGAAAAUCCAGCGGGAAAAAUAUCCACUAACAUAAACAAUCUUUAUGGAUCGACCCCGCAAUUAACGCGGCAUCGCUUUUCUUCGACAUCCAAUCUGGGAGGAAACGAUUUUUCGAGACAUGUCGGAAGAGCCAUCGAUAUAUUUCGCACGGAUCCUCACGCGAUUAAUCAAUUGGACUUUCAUGAUUUCGGCGACGGUUUUGAGCCAGGAUACAUUGCGGAUGAUUAUGUUGGCCCUGCUAUGGAACUUAUUUACGCCUGGUCCACGAUUGAUUUUGAAUUCGACAGCAUCGAAGCAAGAGACAACGCUAUAUUUGAGGGCGACUACGUCGCAGAAAAUAAUUUGCCUCUCGGUUUAGAUGUUUGGCGAGAUAAAAUCUUUAUUACUCUGCCAAAAUGGAAGAGUGGCAUACCGGUGACUUUGGCUACCGUACCGAGACAUUCUAUAAAAAGGAAUCCCAAACUAAAACCGUAUCCUAAUUGGCAGUGGCAUCAAUCAGACAACUGCGAAGGACUGACAUCGGUCUUCCGAGUCCAAGUGGACGAGUGCGAUCGAUUAUGGAUUCUCGACUCCGGCAAGAUCGAGCUCGCCAGAAAGUCCAAACAAGCCUGCCCGCCCGCUAUAUUUAUCUUCGAUCUACGCACUGACAACCUCGUCAGAAAAUACACCUUGCCGGACGAACAGAUCAAACAAGAUUCCCUGUACACCAACAUCGCGGUAGACAUCAGGAACAAGGACUGCGGCUCCGCGGUGGCUUAUCUGAGCGACGUGUGGCGAUAUGGUGUCGUGGUGUACGACUUGUUCAAGGACACAACUUUUCGAGUCGAGCAUCACUUCUUCUAUCCCGAUCCUUUGGCGUCCAGGUACGAGCUGCACGGAAUAAAGUUUCAAUGGACCGAUGGGAUUUUCGGGAUCGCGCUCAGUCCUGAGGAUGUUCGAGGCGACAGAACGUUGUUCUUCCAUCCGAUGUCCAGUUUCCGAGAGUUCGCCGUGUCCACGUCGGUUUUCAGAGAUAAAAGAACCGCGGAUCGAAACACGGAGGAAUUUAUGCCGGUCGGUAGACCUAGAGCCAAGGAUUACGGCCAUUCCUCAGGAUCUGCGAUCGAUCGGAAUGGCGUCAUGUUCUUCAACAUGGUCACGAGAGACUCGGUGUGGUGCUGGGACACCAGAAAGGAGUAUAUCCCGCAGAAUUUGGGGGUGAUUGGAACCAGCAACGUGUCCCUGGUGUUUCCGAAUGACAUUAAAGUGGAUCACGAGACGGAACAAAGUGUGUGGCUGCUCUCGAAUCGAUUGCCCAUGUAUUUGUACGGUACUUUGAACAGCGGAAAUAUCAAUUACAGGAUAUUUAAAGCUAAUGUCAAGGAGGCUGUCAGGAAUACCGUCUGCGAUCCUAAUCAUGUAGUUCCGGAUUCGGAUCCAGGCUUCGACGAUAAUUGUUGAAAAAGCUAGAAUUUUCUCUUCCAUCUCAUGAUUUUAAAUUAUUCCGUAUAUUUAGGAUUAUUAUAAUAUAUAAAAUAUGACGAAUUGAAUUAAAUAUGAUGAAUGCAUCUUUGUAUAAUGUAAUGUAUGUAAAUAUGCUGCAUAUUGUUUAUAAAUUAUUAUAUGUACUACAGCUUUCCGAAUUUAAUUACCAAUGACUAGAAUAUUAUACUAUAUAUGACAUU